AUGGAAUUCUCAGCCUACAAGACAAUCGACAAUCCGCGCAGAGCAAAGCGACGACGGAGUUGCAAUACCCAUGCGUCCAGCCCGAGGUCAGGUGCUAACGCUCAGAGACCGCAGAAGCGGACACGUACAGAGGACGAGCAUCCCGUCGGCUCAUCAACGCCGAGACAGCCGCGUCUAUACGGCAAGACCCCCAUGGCCACCGUCCUCAACCAUCCUCACUACGGCGUCUUGCAGCACGGACCCAACCCUGUAGACCCGCGUGAGCUUCAUCGCCGUGAGCUGGUCUUCCAUACUACCUAUCCAGGGAUGCCAGACUAUCACGUUGGUGACAAGAAUGCUGCCACGGAGAGGCAACCGAAGUUGGAGAGCCUGUCGCCGAAGUCGCCGCCGCCGCCUGACAUAAGGGGCGUUCGUGGCCAGGAAAGGCCGGCUGAACGGCGGUCUAUGGUGGAGAUCAGCAGCUCUGACGAUGAUGACAUGGGCGACAUACCGUACGCACCCGUGGACAAGCGUGAAGCUGUUGGGGGCGAAACUGAGGUGAGUCGUGGAGGGCGAUGUUACAAGGAUGCCACUGCGCAGGGUUCUGCGAGGGAUUCUGACAAGGUGACGCCAAGGAAUAUGAAGAGCGUGACUGACGAUGACUGGGAUCCGUCCGAAGAUGAGAUAGCGGACCCUGGAUCUGGGGCUUCCGACUCUUUUGGGCAUGGUGUUCGGCCUGGGAGGAGGCGCGUGAACCAGAAACGGCGCGCGCUCGAGCAGAGCAGAACUAACAACGCCCAGUUCGAUGGUGGUCGAGAUAGCACGGGUUUCGACAUCGCCACCCCUCCAGCCGAGAGUCUCCUGCAUGUCCAGAAUGACCUCGUUACUCUGUGGGCACCACGCAAGACCAACAAAGUCGAACCUGAGUUCCGCAAGGGCAAACGCCUCGUCAAGCGAGAUGGCUAUUCCAUGACUCCAAACGCCAUCGAUCAGCGAGCUCGCAAAGCGCAGGAGACUCGACUCAAGGAGCGGAUGGCGGCCAUGCUUGACGCAGAGAUCGCAGCGGGUGUGGAGGGUGAAGGGUGGGGGACGCCAAUGAGGCGGUUGUACAAAGCUGUGGUUCGGCAGUUGGAGUUGGCCGGUGUUGAGAGGGCAGGUGGAAAUAAGAAAGGGGAUGGAAAUGGGGAUGGGGACAAGGAUAGGAGGCCAUUGGCGGCGUUGAAGGCGGAGAAUGAGCGGCCCAGGAGGGCAGUAGCUGCUGUUGUGCAGGUGGCUGUGGCUGUGGCGAGGGUAGAUGCAGGUGACACUGGUUGA